AUGUUUCAUCGGGUGCUGAUACGCGUUGAUGAUCAGCAUUGUCUGCGCUUCUUUUGGAAGGAUGACGAUCAAGCAACGGAGCCAAGUGUCUACGUAGUGCAGGUUAUGACUUUCGGCGCCUGCUGCUCUCCGAGUACAGCACAAUAUGUGAAAAAUAUCAACGCUAAGAGAUUCGAGCAAGAUCAUCCGACAGCUGUUGAUGCAAUCGUCAAACGACAUUACGUGGACGAUAUGCUAGUGAGCGUAGAGUCCGUAGAAGAAGCAGUCCAACUGGUUCAGGACGUGAAAAAAAUUCAUGCAGCAGCCGGGUUUGAAAUGUUAAACUGGAUAUCGAAUUCCCGUGGCGUCUUGGCUGCCAUCAGUGAAGAAACCACACCAGAGAAAAACCUCGACAUCGGUAAGGAAAGUACAACUGAGAAAGUGCUUGGCAUGUGGUGGGACACCUCAAAGGACUGCUUUACCUACAAGGUCUCUUCACGAUACGAACAGGACCUCAUUUCAGGAAAUCGAAGACCCACAAAAAGAGAGGUUCUUCGAACGCUAAUGAUGGUUUUUGACCCGUUGGGACUAAUCGCGCACGUUUUGAUGUUCCUCAAGGUGUUGCUCCAGGAGAUCUGGCGUACUCCAGUUGGCUGGGACGAUCCAAUCGAGGAUGCACAAUACGAUAAAUGGCUUUCGUGGUUGGCAGUUUUCCCGCACAUAGCAACCAUCGAAAUUCCACGCUGCUACCGAACGCUUACACCCACGGGAGCAGGCACAGUAGUACAGAUGCAUACGUUCGUCGAUGCUAGCGAGAGCGGAUUCGCAGCGGUGGUGUACCUUCGAUUUGAGAACCAUGAUACUGUGGAAUGUGCCCUGGUGAGCGCAAAAACAAGAGUUGCGCCACUUAAGUUCCUAUCGAUCCCUCGUUCCGAACUACAAGCAGCAGUUAUCGGUGUGAGGCUUGCCGAUACGAUAUCUAAAUCACUUUCAAUCGCCGUCAGCCGUCGAAUAUUCUGGUCGGAUUCUAAAGACGUACUCUGUUGGCUUCGUUCAGAUCACAGACGGUACAGUCAAUUUGUAGCUUUCCGCGUCAGUAAAAUCCUUGAGACAACGGAGGUUUGUGAGUGGCGAUGGGUACCGACGAAACAUAACGUUGCUGACGAAGGGACGAAGUGGAAAGGAGCACCUAACUUGGCAAGUAACAGUCGCUGGCUCCGAGGACCAAAAUUCCUUCUCCUUAAGGAAGAAGACUGGCCAGUAAACCCAUUUCCCGUGAGGACCACUGAAGAGGAGCUUCGACUGCAUCUGUUAGUGCAUAUACAGCCUAGUGAUCCGGUAAUACGUCCACAGGAUUUCUCCAAAUGGAACAAGCUGCUACGCGUAUCAGCCUACGUAUUGCGGUACAUCAACAAUUUGAAACGUAGUUGCUAUGGAAAACCACGUGUGUCUGGGGAACUGAAGAGAAAAGAUUUCAUCGAUGCAGAAAAUCAUUUUGUUCAGUCCACCGCCUUCGCAGAGGAGAUAGUGAUCCUCAAUAAGAAUCGUGCGCUAAAAAAUUCAAUGAAAAGGAUUCCCAGAUCAAGUCUGUUGUACCAGUGGAAUGCAUUUUUGGAUGAAAACGAUGUGCUUCGUGUCAAAGGUCGAACGAAGGCAUGCGCGUUCAUUGAUCGCGAUGCAGCCGAACCGAUAAUUCUUCCGCGGGAUCACCCUGUAACUCGCCUUAUCAUCUCUUCCAUACACGAACGAUUCCUUCAUCAAAACCAUGAGACGGUAAUUAAUGAAGUACUUCAACGGUACCGUAUCCCUCGGCUAAAAGCAGCAUAUCGCCAGAUCCGCAAAGAUUAUCAACAGUGCAAAAUUCUUCUCGCCAACCCACAGCCUCCGGCAAUGGGUGAUCUUCCUCCAGCUCGACUAGCCGCCUUCAGUCGUCCCUUCACUCAUAUGGGGGUCGACUACUUCGGUCUGAUCUUGGUAUCAAUCGGAAGACGAAACGAGAAACGGUGGGGGGUUCUCGCCACUUGCUUAACCACUCGCGCCAUUCACCUGCAGAUCGCUUAUAAAUUGACAACCGACUCCUGCGUAAUGGCAAUCCGGAACAUAAUGGCCAGGAGGGGGAUUCCAGCAAGGAUCUACAGUGACCGUGGAACUAAUUUCCGUGGUGCAAACAAGGAAUUGCAAAACGCGAUCGAAAAUCUCGACCACGACGCCCUGAUAGCUGAGUUUACAUCGAGCCACAUCGAGUGGUCUUUCAAUCCUCCCGCCACGCCUCACAUGGGUGGAGCGUGGGAGCGGUUGAUCCGAACCGUCAAGCAGAAUCUCGCGCGACUUCAAACUAGCAGACUCCCGACCCAAGAAGUUCUGGAGAGCAUGUUGGUAGAAAUCGAGAACAUCGUCAACUCCCGUCCUCUGACCAACAUUCCGGUUGAAGACGAUGAUUCCCCUGUGUUGACUCCCAACCACUUCCUGUUGGGGUCAGCCAACGGCCUAAGAUCGUGGGUGCCCUUGGACGAUAACCCGAUUUUGCUUAGAAAUAGCUGGAAGCAGUCACAGAUGCAAGCAGACAUCUUCUGGAGAUAUUGGGUACGAGACUACAUGCCUACGAUAAAUCGUAGGACCAAAUGGUUCACUCCAGUUGAACCCAUCAAACUUGGUGAUUUGGUCAUCAUCGUGGAUCCGAAGUUAGCCAUAAAUUGCUGGCCUAAAGGCCGUGUGAUUGCGACCUGUCCAUCGGCCGAUGGUCAGGUAAGGCGGGUUACUGUACAGACUUCUGGAGGCAUUUUUGAGCGACCAGCGGUGUCCUUAGCUGUACUCGACGUAGGCGUUAAGACAAACGCGCUUCAGGAGUAG